AUUUUGAGGAGUUCGCUUUGAAAGUGAGGACUGCCCUGGUCAAUGCUUUCGUCAAGAUCGGGGAGAGAUUCAUUGUGGAGUUCAGCGAAGACAAAUCUGGCACCACCAUGACCGUCACCCUCCUGUGUGGCCGCCUACUGACUGUGGCCAAUGUUGGCGAUGCUGACACCGUCGUGGACACCGGCACGGACGCCUUUCUGGCCACUGUCAACCACAGCAUCCAAUCCAAUGAGGCUGAGCGCAAGCGGCUGGUCGCGGCUGGUGUGCUGCUGGCGGCGAUGUCAGAAGACAUAGCGGGGCCGGCGAAGCCGGGUGAGCAGGGCCUGGGGCCUGUGCGGUGCUGGCCGGGCGGCUUGAAGGUUUCUAGGUCCAUCGGGGAUGUGGAGGCAGGGGAGCAUGUGCUGCCAUGCCCACACAUAUGUCAGAUCACGCUCCCCAAGAGCGGCGCCCGCCUCCUGAUGGGCUCCAGCGGCCUGUGGGACCUCAUCCACUGGCGCAAGGCCACCCAGAUCACCCGCCGCACCGCCAUCAACGCUGCUGCCUCCAAGGUCGUCGACACUGCCCUGCUGCUCAACAAGGGCACUGUGCACCUGGACACCAGCGCAGUGGUCAUCGACGCCAUGUCCCAGUCCUGGGUUGAGUUUCCCGUCCUUGUCAAGCACAAGGCCACGGAGAUGCGCUCGAAGUACCUCUGCGGCCUGCCAGUCUGCCAAUUUCGACCCAAAAGAAUGGGCCCGUGUUUUCUGGAGGAGCCAGGCGACGGCCCCCAAAUCGUGGCCCAGAUAGACGGCAGGCUGUUGGUGAAGAUGUCGGGCUCCCAGUCCCUCAAGGACAGUUUUUCGAGCCUGACGGAGAUCACGCGCGCGUUUGAUGGGCCGGGGGGGUCCCCAGGGCACAGCCGCGGGCCCCCGGACCAGGGGGCUGGGCGGCGGUCGGCCGGGUACUCGCUGUCCGAACGCAAGGGGGCGUCGGCGAGGCGGGAAUCUCAGGAGGGGCUGAAGAGGGCGUUUUCUCAGUCGGAGAACGGGAUGAAGAGGGCGUUUUCUCAACCAGAGAAUGGCCUGAAAAGGGCGUUUUCGCAAGGAGAGGGUGGGCUGGAUUCCCGCCAGGCUCUGCACAAGCGGAGGGCCAGCGGCUGUGCGGAGGCAUCCAAGCCGAGACCGCGGCGCUUCCAGCCGCUGGAUUCGAUGCCGGCCUCGGCGGAGGGCGGAUGCAGCUCGCGCGGGGAGGGGGAGGGAUCGGCAUGGCCGGACGGAUCGACUUCGAGGUCGGGGGGGUGGCGGCGGGUGGAGGAGGAGGCCUGCGCGCUGGGCCUGAAGCGGUCGGCGUCCGCGAGGGGGCCGAUCGACGCGGCGCCGGCGUGGGCGCUGGGUCCCCCGCCAGCCCAGGUGAUGCAAUCCUGCGACUCCGGGCAGCUGGCCGAGCGGAUGUCGGCGCUGUGGCUGCACUCCAGCGCGGAGGCCGUCGGGCCCGCGGGCGCCGGCUGGGCACCUGCGGGACCCAUCUGCGGGCCCGCGGGCCCCCAGCCGGGACCCGACUACAGGCCUGCAGGACCGGGUCCGAACCUCCCCCUGGCGGUGGACCCGCGGACACUGGCCAGCGCGGAGGCGCCCGGCCCCUGCCGCCCGUCCUCAGCGUUGACCUUGUUGAAUCCAGCGUUGACUCCUUUGACCACAGCGUUCGCCGCGUUGACCCCAGUUGAGGACUCAGGGCCGGCCGGCCGGACGGUGCCGUUCACGAUGGCCUGCGCGGACAUGGACGAGGCUAGGGGCGAGUGGAGCGGGGGCCCGCCGGGUCCCGGGGACCAAUCCUGGGCCCGCGGGCCCGGAUCGCGGCAGACGUUCCGGGAGCUGCUGCUGCGGGGCUCCGACCCGUUGGGCGGCGACGGGGGGUGCCGCAGCUCGCAGGGCGCCAGGUGCGCGUCGGGGUGGAUGGCGUGGGACGGUGGGCCCGCGGGCCUGGCCCCCAUGGGCCCCGGGGCCCGCUGGUCCUCCAGGACCUCCUUCGCAGAGGAGAACCGGCGGGAGGGGGAGACGGGCUCUCGACUGGCCAACAGUCAACAUUGA